ACCGAGGAAAAGUUAUCAAGGAUAUUGUCCGAACAAAUUCAGGGAACCCUAAAUAUGACGUCAUCGGAACGGGAAAACCAAUCAAAUGAGUUCAAAUCAGCUGAUGUGUUCACGAAGGUCACAAAAUACCCAAUGGAGACGCUGAAAAGUUGGUCUACAAGAAGUGCAGGACAUGGUGUCGUCAGAGGGCAUGUCGUGGGUUGGGAAUUUGCUACCUACAAACCAGCUCUACAUGAUAUCGGCUUUCUUUCUCUACAGCUUCCUGUCGGCAAGCCUGCUACUCUUCGUCAUCCCACUUCUUGUGUUCUACGUCACACUUUGUGUGCUUCUUGUGGCGACGGUGCAGAUCAUCGUCAACAGACAGAAUCUUGGAAAAAGUGCAGAACUUGCAAAUACUCUUCAAAAAUUUGACAAGAAUCUAAACGUAGAAGCGGCGAGAUCUAAAUUCAUGAAAAAUAAGUUGACGCCAUAUUGGGUAUUUCUGGCAGUUCUGCCACUCUUUGUUGCCGGAUUAUCGUUAGCGAACAAGAACUACAUUCCCUGUUCAGAGCUUGCUGUUUUGUCGUGUGUAAUUAUGGCCAUAACGUUCUUUUUCUUCAUCGAAUCGUCAUUGGAGUUGACACGUUGGCUUGCAAUGUUUUUGAAUCUGUUCUCUUCCCUUCCAACAAUUUUACGGAAUUUUCCCGACGUUCCUGUCAUUUCGAAAAUAGUCAGUUUUGUCACAAAGACAUUUUACUCACUCGACGUUGCUUUUGGUCUUAAGAUAAAUGUGAGUCUUCCGUCAAUUUCCUAUACCUUGCUACCAGUACUAUUUGUCAUCAUGGCAUUGCGCCAUUCCGGUGCCGGAAGUUAUAGAAUUUUACUUCCGUUUUUGAUUACACAGACAUGGUUCAUUGUUGCCACAUCUUUGUACCCAUUUACUUCGUGGUACGGGUUGAUCCGAGCUUCAGUAGGAAAUGCCUUUUUGCCCGUUCUUCUUCCCAUGUCAAUUAUCGUAGGAAUAUUAUACAGCAUUUAUCAAGCUUUUCAGACAAGUAUCGUUAUACAGAUCGCCAUUGCUGCAGUUCUUGGGCUUGUUCCGUUGAUUUUGUCACAAACUUCAGCAUUUUUCGGACCUAACGAUGGCAAUAAAACAGGUUCAGUUAAGAAGUAUAUAAUGCUUCUUUUUGGUAUCUUGGGUUUCCUACCAGUGACCUCUGUUUUCACUCUUAUUCCAACUUCAGAUAAUUCCAUCCCGUUUAGAUUUGAAUUAGGUUGGAACGAGUAUAAUACAUUAUGUACAUCCGGGGAUGGAAAUAGGAUUCCGCAGCAAAAUCUCUGCAGGAAUUUCAUUGGAAAAAAAGUUGUAUGGAAUGGAACAUUCGAGGGAGUCGAAAUAACAAAAGUUGAGAAUAACAUAGAGUCUAUGAUUGCAGGAUUACCUUCUGUAGUUGUCAAUAAAAUUCGUUGUAACUUCGGGGCUCCGUACGGUGAUUGUAAUUCAACAGAACUGUCAGCCAACGACCAAACGGUAUGUAAACUUAAGGCGUCCACGGGGCAAAAGUGUCAUUUUAAGGAGCACGACACAUUUUCGUUUAAAAUGACAGUGACGAUGUCAGAAUUCAAUGGAAAACUCAAAUUAGAUGCUGGAGAUACAUUAAAAAAUAUCCUGGAACUUUUAAGGACAGGAGACUCGUUGGAAUUUGUCGCCAUUCUUGGUGAAAACCAAGGUACAACUAUGCCAAAUUUUCAGCUGAAGGACAUCCGAUGUACCAGUCGGGUACUUCCUGUUUCAAUAGAAAAACCUGAAGAAGACGAUGACGUUCUUCUCGCGCGAGCUACAAACGAGGCCAUAGCUACUACAGUUAACUUUUUCUUGUAUCCAGUUUUAGAAUAUUCACCAACUGACAUGAAAUGACAGGUGUACUAAAAAUGUUACAAAAUUUAGAUGAACUAGCAAUUAAUUGAUCAAUUAAGUGUAUCAUAAAUGACAGUAGAGAAGGAAAAUGCCACGGAUUUAGAAUUGAUAAGGAUACUUCUAUUUUUUUCCAUAGCCACAAACAUGAUUAAGACAGAGGAGAGAAGCAAAACAUAAAACGAUGAAAGUGACAAAUAUUUUUGAAUUCGAAGAACGUUUUCUCAAACUUGUAAAAAGUUUAAUAAUGUUUUAAUUUACUCUUUGUUUGGUAGAGAUAUGAAUAAUUUACCUGAAGAGGCAUUACACUGAAAACUCUGGCGCAAAAUGAAAUGUUACGUGAUGUAUUUCCCACUUGUAGUUUGCUGUGGGAAGGGGCAUAACUCUUUAUUGCCUGCUUCCAUUUAGUGUAAAUAAAUAUGGAUUCAUGUUUUUCUGAGAUUUGA